AUGGAUCGGAGCAUCAUCACAUCCAAGAACAGCGCCUUUGAUAAAAACUGGGAUCCAUACCGAGCCCAACAAUACAAUAAGAUGAGUCGUGAUCCUGCGGCCAGGGAGCAAGAGAUGCAAGCAAGGCGGAGGCAGGAGAAGCGCGGCGAGGGGGGGAGAGGGGUUACCUCGAGGCAGGCGCGGUACUUGUGCCAGUGGUCGGCGCAGUCGUCUCUCUGCCACUGGCCCUUGGCGAACUUCUCCGCGUACCACCGGUUGAAGCACUCGUGGUACGCGGUGCGCAGCUCGGAGCACGCGGCCGCCGCCUUUGAGGGCGCGGACGGCGUCGACGACGACGAGGAUGAUUUACUCCGGCCGAACACCAUGCUUGGAGGCUUGGAUCAAUCGAAUUAG